AUGUCCUUUUCACCAGACGUCUUCAAGAAGAAGUUGGACUCACUUCAGGAAACCCAGGACCUGAUUGUGUCGAUUUCUCAAUGGGUACUUUUUCACCAUAGAAGAGUCAAGGACUUGUGUCAGUUGUGGAGCCAGUAUACCUUGCUGGACGACCCCAAGUUGAACUCCAAGAAGAAGCUUUCUUUGCUUUACUUGUGUAACGAUGUUGUUCAGCAGGCCCGCCAUAAACGGAAACCCGAGUUUCUGGCUGAAUUUGCUAAGGUGUUGCCACAAGUGCUUAAUAAGGUGUUCCCUACUCUCGACGACCCAAUCAAACCCAAGAUCGAGCGUCUUGUGGGCGUUUGGGAGCAGAGAGGUAUAUUUGGUGGAUCGGAUAUUCGGAAUAUGCGUAAGGCUAUUGACUUGCUGAAGUCAGGAAAGCGUUAUGGCGAAGAUACGCCUACUGAAUCUCCAGUUGCUCGAGUACAACAGGCUGGACCUAAGCUUAAUAGCGAAUUGGUCCAUUUGAACAACCUAUAUAAUCAUAUGGCUCAGCUUUCGGAUGUCUGCAAUUCAAACUUGACUCAGAUUGGCCACCAGUCCAAGCAAUACUUACCUAAUGACCAUGGCUCUCAAGAUGCCCUUCCCCUGCCUAAGAUAUACAUCUCAAAGCUUAAUGUUCUCGAGAAGCUUUGCAAUGUGACGUCCCAGAACUUAAACGAUAUUAAAACUGCCCGCAAGGAUAUAUUAUCCCUGUUAGUGGGUCUUCAGCGUCUUCUUGAAGAUGGUUUGUCUACUGAUGCGUCCAAAGAACAGAUCAUUUCACAGAGAUUGGAUAAGCUUCGCUCUACGCGGACAUCCUUGCAAGAAAUGGUUGAUGAAGAAGGUGGUGAAGCCGAACCUUCAGCACCGGUCGAAGAUGACGAAGAAGCUUCUCCUGCUUUCGAGACUGACUCGCCUCCUCCUACUUCUGUUCCAGCUCCACCUCCUCAAGACGAUGAUGCCUUGCCAACUUAUGACAAUUCUGACAGUGAUGAAGAUGAUGACGAGCCUCCCGUUAAGAAGAGAAAGGCUUCUGACUCGUCUAUUUCAUCAACAGCUUCUGGAAAGAAGUCUGUGGCAUUCUCAGAGGACAUCCAGAUUAAUGAGUACGACAGAGAAGACCUGACGGACAUCAUAAAGGUGGUGAAGAGCGAUACAGAAUCUGACGACGAUACGAAUUUUGAGCCAUCUCUCCCUGACGAUCUACAGGAAUACGAAGCUCAUCAUAAAGAUGAUUUGGAGCUUCACAAAGCUCACCACGGCGACAACGGCCAUGGCACGAACAACGGAAACGGAGAGAGCAAUAAUAAUGGUUCUAACGAAGGCUCCAAUAAUGAUGAUGGACAACAAUCGGGCCUUCUUAGCUUGCUUUCGAAACUUUCCUAA